AUGGCUCUGAAGAUGAUCUUUUAUUUGAUUAUGAUAGAGUAGAACGAUUAGAAAAAGCAGAUCGAUUAGGAUCUGAGGAAAAUGAAAUUACAGCAUUAGAUAAAGCUACUGAAUUGGAUGAAGUUACGGAAUUGGAUGAAGAUAUAGAAAUGGAUAAUACUGGUACAUAUGAAGCUUCAGAGGAUGAGGAAAAAGAAUAUUAUGCUGAUGAGAAUGAAUAUGUUAACCGUUUAGUAGAAUCUCAAGAAAUCAAUAUUCUCAAAAAUAAUCUUGAAAAUAUUAAUUUAGGUGAAGAUAACGAAGAGGAUAAUGAUUUAGAAUGA